CAAAAGAUUAUUUUAAUUAAUUUAUUCAAUGCGCUUCCUAGACAGUGUCAAUCAUAGACUUUUCAUGACAUUGAACGAAAAACUUAUUUGACGAAGCGGGUAUCAUCACUAGCUAGUCAAUAUUUUUUGUAAAUAACACAAAUAUAUUAAAAUCGAUUUUCUAUAGCUGCCAACAAGAUACUAUAAUUAAAUUACACUAUGUUUAAAAGUAAGAGCUCUGAACCGAAUGUGGAAAUUAGCAUUCAAGCCAUUCAGGAAGAUAUGAUGACGUUUGCACAUCCAAAUUUGUGUAAUUCAAUUGGCAAUAAGCAACGACUAGUUGAGGAUAUAAAGAAUAACAUGGCAACGAAUGAAAUUGACACUAAUUUAUGGUUUAGCUUCUUUAAUGUAUUUAAGUCACAAAACAAUGAAUUAGAAAGUACUCUUACAAGUCUGCAGAAUCAUCAAGAGGAACUAGAAUUUAAGAGAUCUGAAAUAGAAUGUGAUCAAUUGAUUCUGAAAAAAGAUAUCGAAAGCUGUUUAAAUAAUGUCCGAAAAGCUAAAUCUCCUGAAUAAAACAUUUUUUAUUGUU